AUCAACCCAAAUAUAGCCGUCAUACUAUUGCUUUAAAUACACCCUUUUUUUUUCUUUUAAAGUUAUGGAAGGUGGACAUCCGUCCGUGACAUGGCACCCUUAACCCAUCCUCCGCCUUCCAUUGCUCGAGAAGAGAUUUGACCAUUUUUCUUCUGUAUUAGCUGCUUCUGUGCAGGAAUGCUCUUCACCGACAGGUUCAAAUGUGUAUCGAAGCAGAGGCUUUAUUUUAUUUCGGACCCUUCUUUUGUGAACUUGUACAUUUCUCGAGUUUCUUUGUCACAUAAGCCACGACCAUGGACCGUUCUUAGUCACCGUCUGCAUGCUAAAGGCACAAAGUUCAUCACUUAUGAUCCCCCAUUAAUGCUGGACGACAUGUUAGAAGAAAAUGAUCUGAUUGAGUACCCCAGUAGUUUAUCAUAUCAUCUUCAUUUUCCUCCUUCUCAACCACGACCUUCUGUGCUUGAACGCUAUGAUAUCGUAGCAAUUAAUGACGGAGUAGUGUUGUACGGACGAAUUGUGUAUUAGGAGAAUUACAUCAAUCACAUGACAGAUUAUCAUAUGUAUAACCCUAUCACACAGCAGUGUAUUGCCUUUCCUCCACCACUUUUGUGCUUUCGGUUUGUCAGUACUGGUUUUCUUACCCAAAUUGAAGGGGGAACAUUGAAGAGCUAUAAAGUGGUGCGAUUUGAUUGUCAAUUAAGGGAGUCCCAUAACCUCAAGUUUGAGAUAUUCUAUUCUGAAACUGGAAGCUGGAGGAGUGUUGUUGUGCACAGUGACCAAGCCAUUCAGAUUACCAGGCUAAGAAUGCCUUUGUCCUUCAGUGGAAUGUUACAUUGGAUUGACCGUUCGCUUGGGAUUAUGGCAUGUGAUCCUUGCAGGGCUUCCAGUCAGUGUGGCAUCAUUGGACUUCCACCUGACAUUGACAAGCAAUGUAAAAACUACAAAAAUAAUGGAUUUCAUAGUUUGUUCAACUUGCAUCAGGGUCGAUUGAGGUACUUUGAGGUGUCUCUUGCACCCUCGGAUCCCUUUGGGUUUUCAGGUUUUUCUCUAUGGGUACUUGAUGAUUAUGACUCUGCUACUUGGUCUUUGCAGCACAGACCUAGGGUUACUGAUGUCUUGUUUGGUGAUAUCUUAACUCGCCAGGGGUUAACUGGAUCAUUUCCUGUUCCUCUUGCCUUCCAUCCAUUUGAUGGAAACAUUGUUUGCCUGAGAUUAGGGGUCUAUAUUGUCACAUACAAUGUCAAGACUUUAAAAUUGGAGGCUUGUGGUAAUCCAAUCGCUACUGAAUAUUGCUUGUGCGAAACAAGAGGAUGGUUGUCCUGGUGUGCACGAAUACCUUCAAAAUUAGCAUUCUUGUACGUUCUUCCUCCAUCGCCAAUUUCUAUCCCGAAUAAUCUUUCCACAGGACAGAAGGAGGAACAUGGUGUUUAGUAGACCAACUUAAAAAAAUAGAGAACUAGCCAAUGUUUGUCUGAAUCUAGACUUUAUGCUUAUCGAAUUGGUGAGGCUGCUUGCUCUAGCUACCUGUAUUUAGUAUGGACAUAUUGUUUCUUUACCAAUUUGCUUACUAUCGUUAUGUCUUUUGCAUGCUGUUAAA